GGUCGGGGCCCGAGUCCGGGUUGAGGUGGGAAUCCCCCCCGCCGGGCCGGUGGAGUGGCGGGAAUAGGGGCGGCGUGUGACCGCGGGGGCUGCUACUGCCCCGGGGUUCUGGACGUCGCCCUAGAUGGUUUCUGGAGCCGGCCUGGAGUGGAGCCCCAGCCAUGGCUGCCAUUCGAAAGAAGCUGGUGAUCGUGGGGGAUGGGGCCUGUGGGAAGACCUGCCUCCUCAUCGUCUUCAGCAAGGAUCAAUUCCCAGAAGUCUAUGUCCCUACUGUCUUUGAGAACUACAUCGCAGACAUAGAGGUGGACGGCAAGCAGGUGGAGCUGGCUCUGUGGGACACAGCAGGGCAGGAAGACUAUGAUCGCCUGCGGCCUCUCUCCUACCCGGACACUGACGUCAUCCUCAUGUGCUUCUCCAUCGACAGCCCCGACAGCCUGGAAAACAUUCCUGAGAAGUGGACCCCGGAGGUGAAGCACUUCUGCCCCAACGUGCCCAUCAUCCUAGUGGGGAAUAAGAAGGACCUGAGGCAAGACGAACAUACCCGGAGAGAGCUGGCCAAGAUGAAGCAGGAGCCUGUUCGAUCUGAGGAAGGCCGGGACAUGGCAAACCGGAUCAGUGCCUUUGGCUACCUUGAGUGCUCAGCCAAGACCAAGGAGGGGGUGCGGGAGGUGUUUGAGAUGGCCACUCGGGCUGGCCUCCAGGUCCGCAAGAAUAAGCGCCGGAGGGGCUGCCCCAUUCUCUGAGACCCCCAAGGCCUCCCCUCCUCCCCCACCUCCCUUCACAGGGGUGCAGAAACUCCCCCUGCCCCCAGCAGCCCCACCCUAUUAGGGAUCCCUGCUGAAGGCUUCCUUUCCCAAUUCCCUCCUGCCCAGGACUGCAUCGCGCUUCCCCAGCCCUGAUGGUGGUGGCCGCAGGCCCUGUCUCAGCACUCUGGGAACCAGAGCACAGUCCCUCCUCCUGUUGCCUUGGUCCAGGGGUGGGGCUCUUGAUCCCUUUGGCCUUCCCCAGAGGAUCAUCACACCAGCACUUUAUACACUUCUGGCUCACAGGAGAGUAUCUGGGGUAGGGGACUUGGAGGGUGUAACCCAGAGUCCCGGGCCCCUGGUGUUUCUGCUUUGGGCAGGGGCCUUGCAUCUGGCUGUACUUGGUGUGGGGCAUGAAUAAAGGCCACAGGCUCCAA